AAGAGAGGGAGGAGCGAGCUCGGCGCGCCGCGCGGGCCGGGGUGCGGGCACAGUAAAGAUUUGGGAGUGACAGGACGAGGUCGUAAAGAUGACUGAGCUCUUUGGGAUCGACUUUAACAUUGAGUCAAUCAUCACAAUGAACGACACCUUCGCAAGUCCCAUGUUGGGGGACAGCUCUAGUAUGAGGGAGGUUGCUGGUGCCUACGUGAUGGGGGUGCCUGACAGUGAUGAGGUCUUGGUUCCUAACUCCUUUGCACCUCCUGGAAAUGAAAAUAUGUCCUCUGAUCUCUUAGCUACUGCAAUAGACUCAUAUACCUCUGGCAUCAAUAUGCACAAGCCAGUGGGAGAUGGUCAUUUCGUGACUGCCCCUCAGCCCGAAGACAUGGUGUGCAGAGCCCCCUCCUAUGAUGAUAAUGAGACUAUCAUCAAAUGGGAAAGGUUGGGGGAGGGGCAGUACCAUGAGUUUCAAAUCCCAGGAAAUGGCAAGACACAUUGGAUGAAGGACGAUCUAUUCAUUGCCAUGCCCAACAAAGACAUCCCGAUUAAGGUGGUGGGUGCCCAAGGUGGCUAUGUGGUGGAAGUCGGGAUGCGGUACACAACAGGAGUUCACCACGACACUCCCGUCCUCGCCUGCAAGACUCAUGAUGACAAUGAUAAAGCAGGCUUUCCCUUCCACGUCCCCAAACUCCAUGUGGUGAAGAUGAAAGACCAUGGCCACCCCACGGUAAAGAUUCCUGUUCCCAACAAUGGUUCUGAUGAGGGCACCUUCACUUUCUCAGUUGUGUUUUGGUGCUUAAACUCAUGUCACCGGAAGUACGGCAAGGGACAAGAAAUGAUCCUGAAGCUGUAUGAUAUGCGCGGUAAUUUGCUGAAGGAAGCUCGUAUCAAAUUGAGAAUUUGUAAAAAUGUUAAUCGUGACAAGAAUCUGGAAGGCCAGAGCCCAAAACAAGGGAAGAAGAAGCGCUCUUCUGGAGGGAAAGCAAAGCAGGAAGUGCAGGAGGGAGGUGAAGGGGUGCAGACAGGAGAGACAGAAACACCCACACCACUCCAAUUGUUGUCUCCCUGCCAGGCUAAUCUUCAGGUCAGGUGUGACCCUGCUCUAGUUCCCACCUUGAGAGAGUUUGUCAAGGCGCUGAGCCGGGUGGUGUGGAUUGAGAUGGAGGAGGUGGUGGAUGGAGCCUCACCAGACCCUCCCCCCAACAUGGAGUAAUCCAGACACCGUGCUAGGUGGUCGUAAUGCAUGGCGUGGGAUUCUUUUGGACAGUGCAAACUUUUAUCCAGGUGGUUGGUGCUCUUCACAGCCUCCCCCAGGAAUGUUGCCAAGCAAAUUGGUGAACAUUCAGAUUCAUUCAUUCAAAAAUUGAAAACAUUAAAAACCAUGUGUUAUGAACAUUGCAUCGGCUGCAGCCACACUGAUGAGCCACACCAGCUGUUGAGGGUCCAGCAUAGUUUAUUGCCGGACAUUCUUGGGGCAGACAAUCAUUUUUUGCAAAGUGUUGAGAAUGGCCACACGAUCUUGAUCUGUCACUGUUUUGGUGAAAAUUAGGGACACUUUAUGAUUAAAUGAUAAGCGCUUUGCAUGCAAAGUCUUUGCUGAGCCAGCCAGACCUUCAGCCUCGGCCUGACUGAGAGCAGUAGGAUCCUGACUGGAGGUUUGGGGAGUGCCAGUGACCCAGGAAAACUUGUGCAGUCCUAAAGAAUCCCAUGCCAUGCUGCCUCGCCCUGAUAACAAGAUGUAGCUGCCUGAAUGACUUGGGAACAGCGCCCACUAGCAGAGGUGAGGCCGGGGAGGUAGAGGAGGCUUGUGAGACCAGUGUGUGGAGUGUGUGGAGUCAAUACAAGGCUGAAACAAGGAACCACUACACCUCUGCCUCCCUGGCAAACCACAGUACUCCUGAAUGCUGUUUGGCUAGUGGGAGCUGUUUCUGAUGCAUUAUGUUUUAUUGUUGAAAUGUCAUCAUGUGUUAAACUCCGUCAUCAACUUGCUUUAUGUUGUAACGUGUUGGGUGGAAAGACUGUGACAUGACAUUAUUCAAACGAGACACCAUGAGGAAGGUAAACAACCUCCACUGCCAAGGCUUGACAUCUCCAGGCAGUGUCGAGCUCUGCAUCCAGCACUCCUCGUAAGACUGAAGUUGUGUGUUGUUCAGUGCAACGUGCUGUUGCAAUUUGAAAGAUGAAAAUUCAACUAGGCAAAAUCUUCAUAUGAUGUAAUACCAGUGAAUAAUAUAUCCAUGAAAAAUGACAUCAGAUAAGAUUCCUUCAUGAGUGUUUGAAUGAGGUUUGACUCAAGCUUGAAGCCCUGAUAUUGCUAUUAUGUUAUAUACGUACAUGUAGAAGAGGUGGGUUGCUUGCUGCUCCAUGACACUGAUGUUGUCCAGAAGUGAGCAGCAAAAAGCUCCGAGGUGGACGGUGAGGGGCAGGAAGGCAGGCGGUUAUCAGGGGGACAAAUAUUUGCUCAUGGUAGAAGUGGUUUACAGUGUCCCAUUCACAUGACUUACUCAGAGGCAGUGACUGUUCUCUGAGCACCUGUGCCUUGCCUCCCUCAGUCAUCUUCAAGCUAAGCCCACCUCCUCUUAACACUUUUCAAUGGAUAACAAUAAAAAAAUGUCAUGUUGCAAAGCAGAGCAUUGUGGCCAUGCCGUGCCUGUUCCACACCACUGCCCAGGAACAGUGUGUGUGCAAGGCAUUGACCACUCAUACAAUUCAGUGGCUUGUAUAUUUGUGGCAAAUCUUGAAACAGAGAGGCUAAAUAAUUCUAGAAUUUAAGGGUUAUUUCUAACUGAUGUGAUGAUAAGUAGAUCAGUCUCGCCCAAUUCUUGAACCUCACAGGAUGAUAAAAUCUGAAAAGAAAUGAAAGAAUUGUGUUGUGGGCAGCAGUGGCUGUCCCUCUACCCUCUAUAUGAGGUGCAAGUCACAUUCUUCCUUGGAGCAGCUGUGUCAGGCAUUGAUGGCCUGUCUUGAGCCUGUAUUUUCAGUGUUCUGCUGCUCUUGAGGUUCUUUAAUAACAUUGCUCACUGCCCUGAGUGUUCGGUGACAUUAGUUAACCCUCUCGCGCACGAUGACGCGUUUCACGUCAUCAAAGGUAAAAGGUCCUGGCGCACGAUGACGUGAAACGCGUCAUAAAAGUUAAAUUUAAAAAAAAAAAUGAAGUAUUUGGUGGAAGUGCAUCAAAUUUGGAGUGUCAUUUGUUGGGAUAAGUUUCUUAAUGGUAACAUAUGGCAAACUUUCUAAGGAGUGUAAAUGAGGAGCGAGGAGCGGUUUUAAGUUGUUGGCCUACUCUGACGGGAGAGGAAAAAAUAGUUUUCUUGGUGUAACUCAGGAACUAAUAGGCGUAUGAAGAUUUUGAGGAUGCCAUAAGAAUCCUCACUAAAUUCCGCUUUGAAACAUAUAUUCGGCUAAAAAAGUUGGCCCACAAAAUUUCGAGCUAGCAAGUGGGGAAGAGUUGCUACUUAGGAUUUAUUGUCUACAAUACUCUAUACGGAGACUUAAAAUGAGUUUCUAUUAUUUAUAUAUAUUUUUUCCUCUAUUUUUAUUUGCGCAUGUUCUAGUAUAAGUCUUUAUGAAGCCAUUGAUACCAAAUUUAUUGGGGUACGAUAUAUCUGUGAUGGUAAAAUACGUACUGGAAUAUAGAGUUUCGCGGCGGCAAAAAAAGGCUGGUCGGGCCUGAGAGAUGCAUGGUGAGUGGAAGAGAAACUUACUGGAAACUUACUGUGCGCGAGAGGGUUAAAGGCAAAGAUUUCGUGCCCCCUCCUCCCCCCAGACAACUGGAAGGCACCCUUCUGAGACCACUGAUGGGUGGCUCUGUUGGCUUAUCCCUGGUGGCAGCAUUGGCUGCAUCGUGCCAGCUGUGCCUGUACUGCUGUCGUGGGUGCAGUGUGCUGGGCUUGUGGUGAGGCAGUGCCACGUUACAGCUCGGGAGGAUGUGGAGACUCUCCUUGGGUGUCUGGGGGCUGAAGCUUGGCACCUGUUGCAGUGACAGGAAGGUCAGCUAGACCUACUAGCUCUAGUUAUGAUUGAACUAAUGGAUUUCUGAACCUUUACUAGAGAGCACAGAAAUAGAAAUGCCAAUUCAGGUCUGUGUUGGUGUAAAUGUAAACAGUUCCUUGCUUUGGCUUCCUUCCUUCCUUGUGUUGGGGAAGCAGAUCAGCUUCUGUAGUGGUACUGAAUACCCUACACCUUAGGCUCUGUGAUGUAGUCUGUUGAAGUUAUGAUGUGUAAAACUUAACCAGUGUUUUUCUCUUAGUUAGGGUCAGUGCUUCUGGGAUAGGAUGCUGUGCUCAGAUGGUUAGCUGAGGUGAACUUCAGAGAGACUAGUCUGUCCAUACUCUGAUGACUACUCUCCCUCAUUCUUUUCAUAAUUAAUGACCACAAAUGCACCCUGCGGGGGUGUGGUUGGCUAUAUGCUGUUAUAAAACGUUUAGGAAAGUAAAAUUCUAUAUCGUAUUUGUGUACACUUUAGGCUAAAUUUAUGACAAUGGCUACACUUGAAAACCCUUCUCACAAAGCCCCAACUUUGGGCCGGGAGGGAGCUAUCAUGCUGAGGCGCUGACCACCAGCAUCAGUUUGUGGUGACUGUUGUGCAAGAGCUGUAUGGAAUCAAUGUGUGUCAUCUGCAACUUGCUCAUUCCAUUCUGAGUUGAUGGAGGGGGACAAACUUUCAUCGAUCAAAAUCACAUAAAAUUAAUGUACACAGAGAAGUAUCGUUUGCAUCAUGAUUAUUUUUAAUUGAUUCAGCGGGCCAAAGUUUCAUUAAUCAAAAUCACUGAGAAAUGAAUAGAGGCUACACAGGGAAGUGACCUGAGCCACCUUUGGGAGUUGCUAGAAAGAGGCAAGCAGAAAAUAUUCAUGUAAGACACUCCUUGGAAAUAAACUACACAAGUAUAUGCAUUGCCAGUGGAAACCUAAAAAUGUCUCAUUGGUGAGCUGCUUCCAGCUGCUGGCUGGGUGAAUGAACUAAUGAGCCAAGACUGUAAGGGUGUGCCUGGCCUCAGUGACGGCUGGCUGUGUUGGCUCCAGCAGCCACAGAGUCAGGGGUGUGGCCUAACCUCUCAACCCAAAAUGGAAUGAGAUUGGUAUGAGAAGGGAAAUGUUCGUGUGCACUUUGAGAUUUGUAUGGCUGUAAAAACAUAUUGUUACAGUAGCAGCACUGCUUUACACUUAAUAUUUGCAUUACUUAUUUUAGCCUAACUGUAAGAGGCAUAUAACCUAUAACCUUGUACUACUUUGCAUUACAGCAAUAAAUGAAUAAGAAAAUG